AUGACAUAUGGGUAUGACUCUCAUGUCACAAAAUUCUUGGAAGCAAACAACAAGGAUAAUAUCUCCAAACAUGCUGAGAACUUCUUGUAUGACUUACAGCAAGUUCGGAAAACGGACGAGAAUCGACCUCUUCUGUUUGUUGCCCACAGCUUGGGGGGAAUUAUUAUCAAAGGGGCACUGGAAGAGUCAAAGAGAUCUGAACAUCAACCUAAAUUUCUCUCGAUCUAUAAUUCAACUCGUGGUAUUCUCUUUCUCGGAACCCCUCAUGGAGGAAGAAUUUCGGGCCUCCAAGGAAAGAUCGUGGAUGACCGAGCGUCAAUUGUUGGUCAUGCAAGAGCCGAAACGGUUGCAGGAAUUGAUGCAGACCACCGAGGCAUCGCUAGAUUUGAGAAUCGCGAUGAUCAGGGUUACCAGGUAGUAUGGGGAGCUCUUCAAGACUAUAUUGGAGCGGUAUUAAAAAGCAUCAAGACUGCCGAAACGAUGAUCAGUGAUGCUUUGGAAAUGGAAGCACGAGAAAGCGCUCAAUCUCUUCGACUACCAAAGCGCUUUGAGCGCAGAGAUAGAGUGGCGGAACCGUGCCGCCUUACUUGUGAAUGGAUUUGGCAGCACGAGGCUUUCCAGGCCUGGCAGUCAGCGUCAAGAUCAAGCUUUCUCUUCAUUUCAGGAAGACCUGGCUGCGGCAAGUCAGUGCUCGCAAAGUAUUUGUAUUCUCAGAUGCUUGUUGAAGCUUCCAAAAGUCAAUGUGUGGCCAGCUAUCUUUUCGAUGGGCAAGAAGAUGAAAUUGGGAGAAGCAUGGAAGGCUUGAUUCGAUCACUGCUCAGCGAAGUGAUUGAGAAAAAGUUAACCCUGAUAAACCGAAUCCCAAUCUCCCAAGAGUAUAAAAUGCUCAAAGACACCCAGCAGACUUCUCUCGUCGAGUGGCCGCUGACAGCCCUGAAAAAUCUCUUUCGGUCUCUAGGUGACGCCGAAGACACCGAAUUCCUAUUUAUCGUGGACGCAUUAGAUGAGGCGAAGCCGGAGGACAUCUUUGAUAUUUCACAACUUCUUGAAGGUCUCUUGUCCGUUGACAACAAAGCUACAUUCAAAAUUAUUCUGACUGCACGUCCCGCGACCUUUGUCUAGGAGAGCUUUGCUACAAGCUACCCUCGUAUCUGGUUAGAAUCCAAGGAUUCCAGCCACGUUCAGAAGGAUAUAAAGAC